AUGAUCAAGUUAGCUAUUCUCGUCGCUCUCAGUGCCAUCGCCCAGCAGGCUUGCUGCGAUGAGCCUGAACGAAUCAUCGGCGGUGACAUAGCCGCAAUUGGUCAAUUUAAGUAUCAAGUAUCCCUCCAAUCUUACGGUGAGCAUAUUUGCGGGGGUACUAUCAUUAGUAAUACGCACAUUCUCACUGCUGCUCAUUGCGUAGAUGACGAUUUCUAUACGAACGACAUGCUUACUAAAUUAUUUAAUUUGCAAAUUGUCGUAACUGGAACCAAUAGUCCGAGAAUAGGUGGCGAUAAACACGACAUCAAAUGCAUUCGAAUACAUCCAGAAUACACCGGUGAAAAAGAGAGUGGCUGGAGGGAUGAUAUCGCUGUGAUUACUUUGAAAAAACCGAUUAAAGCAAACGAUGUCCAAGGUCCGAUUCCUUUAGCAAGUAAAAACUACAUUAACGGUGACAAACGCGGCAUUGUGAGCGGAUGGGGAAGAACAAAAACAAGUGGAUCAUCCUCAGAAAUACUCAGAUGGCUUGGCGUUAAUGUCUUGAGCCAAGAGCGCUGCUUGCAAGGUCACAAAAAUCCACGCACCAAUGAAAACCAGAUAUGUACGCUGAAAAAGAUUGGGAAAGGUGCUUGCCAAGGUGACAGCGGUGGUCCACUCGUUGUCGAUGGUGAAGUCGUUGGUGUCGUCUCUUGGGUCUUGCUCUGCGCUUUGGGGAUAUCUGAUGUAUAUAGUAAUGUUUACAAGUAUCUCGGUUUUAUCGAAGAAUCUCAAUUAAUGUGCUGAUAAUUACCGUUGAUUGAUAAUUUAUGUUUGCAAAAUAUUAUUUAUUUUUUUCUUUUUUCAAUCUUUUUAACAGAUAUUCUUCACAAAGCAAUAAUGAAAAUGUUAUAUGUUACUUAAAAAAAGCAAAGUAAUUUUAUUUAUUAUUCUCUGAAUUUAUUUGAUAUUAUGACAUAUUCCUUUGUAUUGUCAACAAUUUUUUGUAAAAAAUAAUAUAAAAUAAUGUAAAAUAAAAUUAACAAU